GAGAGAAUGUCCACGCUUGCUUCUAUUUAGUAUUCAGUCAGUGAUCAAAAGUAAAAUAAGGAACACAAAAACAUAUAUAGUUAUGAGUUGUCCCAUUAAGUCGAUUGACCCUGCACAGGAUGGAGAACAGCUUGGUGACGAAGCUGGGAUGCUGUAUGCAGAGUAUCUCAUGUUGGACAAAAUUUUGGGUGCACAGAGGCCACUUGGCCAUGAAAAUAAUGCUCCAGUACACGACGAGCAUCUAUUCAUAAUCACUCAUCAAGCAUAUGAACUUUGGUUUAAGCAAAUCAUUUGGGAACUCGACUCUAUACGGAACGUCUUCAGUGAAGUUUUAGAAGAAUCACAGACUCUGGAAAUUCUGAGGAGAUUGAAUAGGGUGGUACUCAUACUGAAGGUUUUGGUGGACCAAGUUAUGAUUCUAGAAACUAUGACUCCCUUGGACUUCAUGGAAUUCCGAAAUCAUCUCAGACCAGCAUCUGGAUUCCAGAGUUUGCAGUUCAGGUUAUUGGAGAACAAAUUGGGAGUUCGUCAAGAGAACAGGGUCAAAUAUAACAAAAAUUAUGCCAAAGUAUUUGGUCAUGACGAGGACGCAAUUGACCAAAUCGACAAAUCCGAGAGUGAGCCAUCCCUUACCGAUUUAGUGCAGCUGUGGUUGGAGAGGACCCCUGGAUUGGAAAUGGAAGGGUUCAAUUUUUGGGGCAAAUACCAACAAUCCGUUGAAGUUCUCUUGGACCAAGACAAAAAACGAGCAUACGAAGAAAAGACCGAGGCCCUUGUGAAAUACCGACUGAAUGAAUUGGAGAAACGCCGUGAAGUUUACGAAUCAAUUUUCAAAUCUGAAAUACACGAAGCACUCGUUUCGAGGGGCGAACGGAGAUUUUCUCAUAAAGCCUUACAGGGUGCCAUCAUGAUCACAUUCUACCGAGAUGAACCACGUUUCAGUCAGCCACAUCAAAUUCUCACUCUGUUGAUGGAUAUCGAUUCGCUCAUUACAAAAUGGAGAUAUAACCACAUGUUGAUGGUACAGAGGAUGAUUGGUGCAUCUCAGCUGGGAACAGGAGGCUCGUCAGGAUACCAGUACCUUCGAUCUACGUUGAGCGAUCGAUACAAAGUAUUUGUCGAUCUCUUCAACCUGUCAACGUUUUUGAUACCAAGAUCAUACAUUCCACCGUUGGAUGAAUCCAUGAAGAGUCAUUUAUGUUACUGGGGUCCUUUGAGAGGUAGAACAUACAGAAAUGGAAGUACAAAUGGAGCUGCCUCUAAUGGAGAUGUGAGAAAAAUUCCUUCUUCCAAACAUUGAAAACUGAGAUGAAAAUGACUACAUUAUUUUCAGAACCAAAUAUAACAGAAUAAUUCAUCAGGUCAACAAUGUAUAUAAAUGUUAUUAACUCCUUUGUUCAUGUGUUGUUCUUGUUAGAGUUCGAUUGAAUAUAUUUGUUGGACAUUAUUUCGAAUUGAAAACUUCCCGAGAAAUAUCUUGGAAAAUUGAUAACCCAUAUAUCGAAGUGGAUAUGAGAUGAAUUUAUAUUGACAUAGUAUGUAUAGUUUCAAGAAACAAAUUUAUAUGUAAAUUGAUAUAAGGGUAAAAGUAAGUAUGAAUAAAUUUAUUCGAAGAUUUACAUAUUUCUUUCAAUUUCAGAAAGUUCGAUUCCAAAACUCAUGAUCUCAUUAGUUCUACAUUGCUGUGGAAAAAAUAAUAUAUUCAAAUAUUACUUGAGGAUACUGUCUUUAGCUGUAUCACACCAAAAAUAGAAGUAUCAGUCCCUAGAGGCAAAAAUUGGGAAGAGUAGCUUUGAGACUGUUUAUGAAAAAAUUAUCAAAUGUGAAAGAAUCAUCGAAUGUCACAUCACAUGAAAACAAAUUGUUUGUUGGGUGAUGGUGGCUUCAGAGUACUUUCCUGAAUUCGAUAGGCCAAGACCUGAUAUAAACUGUCAAUUAUUUUCAAUUUGCCAGCUACAAAGAGAAUAUGAAUAUUUUUAUAUCUACAAUUAUGGAGUCAUUCAUACAAUGCUUUCUCGAUUUUCAACAUUUAAUGACAGACAUCAUUGUGAUGAAUCGAGUAAUAGAGUAAUAAUGACAGUAGGAUCGCGUAAUA